CCCUCUUCAGUAGGCUGGUCCACACAAUAGGAGCAGCUCCUCCACACUGGUAGUCACCCCCUCCCCCUGUCUCCCCUGCAGGUGUGGUCACAGAGAGGCAGUGAGGAUGGCGUUCUCUUUGGCCCCGCACCCCAACGCUGGCCUGCAGCUCCUGGUCCUGCUGUUGGUCGGCUGUGGCCUGGCGGAGGCCGACCGCAUCAACUUCUACAACGUCAGACCUCCAGUCGAAGCCACUCCGUUUCCUAAGAGCUUCAAGUGUUUCACCUGUGACAGAGCGCAGGACAACUAUAACUGCAAUCGCUGGGCGGAGGACAAGUGGUGCCCACCGAACACCCAGUUCUGCAUGACUGUGCACCACUUCAGCAGCCAGGGCAGGACCAGGUCUGUGACCAAGCGCUGCGCGGCUCACCAGGACUGCCACGCGUCCGGCUGCAGACACCACAGAGACACAGGACACAUUGAGUGUGUUUCCUGCUGUGAAGGGAUGGUCUGUAACGUGGAGGUCCCCACCAAUCACACCAACGCCGUGUUUGCCAAGAGACACGCCCACAGCUCCUCCUCAGCCAAUGAGAGGCUGCGAGGCAAACUGACACUCCUCAGCCUGGGGCUGGCCACGCUGCUCCUACUGUGACACAGCAGCCAAUCAGAGGAGGUCUCAGAGGGUGGGACCAACAGCGCGAGACCAGUAAUCUUCCCCGAUACUGGUGAAGGAUGUGCCCUGUGACAGUUUGUCAGACGUAACAGUUGGUGAAGUUAUCACCCAGGAGUGCUCACCAAGGUGAUACUGAUGUUCUUCACGACUGCUAAAGACUGGGCUCCAUCCACCUAGACCAUGGAGCCAGGACAGACUCUCCGAACUCAUGAACCUGAAGCAUGGACACUGAUGUGACCAGCUGACUGAACUCUGGAGCCUGGGGAUGCAGAGAUAGUUCAGAAAUGCCUCUCGUGGCACUCCUGAUAAGGUCAUGUAACUCAGCCAGUAGAAACUUGGUUGAUGAUGAUGAAGAUGAUGAUGAUGAUGAUGAUGAUGGUGUUUUGUUUACGACCUGCCCACUGGUGGCACAGAUAUAGCUGUCCAGCUCCUCAAGACUCGCCACAGCCUCCGCACACCUGCGAACACAUGGAGAAUCCAAAACUGUCUUGUGAUGUUCACCAACUUGCUCUGGUGUCAUUCAUCACAGCAAGUUCCUAAAAGCUGAACACAUGCACCAGACGUUAGACAAAGAACACAGACUAGCUAUAAAGGAGAGUCGUAUGACGGUCAUUGCAAAGUUUUGCGCUUAGGUUGUCAAUGCCGGUUUAUCUUUUUAGUGUAAUGUAUGACAAAUCCAUGUUUGCACUUAUGAAAUGUUUGAACUUGAUUUUAACAAGUGGAGAAGUGUGGACU